AUGGGUUCUGUUAUCAAGGAAGGGGCUUCGGAGCUUGGUCUCGCAGAGCAAAUCUCAGAAAAAGCUUCAGGUUUUAUUCAGUCAAGAAAUCAUCGUGAUCUUCUGGACGUCGUCGAUGCUCUUCGCUCCAAUGGAGUUAGCCACCAUAUUGAUCUUCCUCAGAUCAUCGUAUGUGGCAGUCAAUCGUCAGGGAAGAGUUCGACACUCGAAUCUCUCUCCGGCAUCGCAUUUCCCACUGCUGAAGGGCUGUGUACUCGCUUUGCUACCGAACUCAUUCCCCGACGAGGCGAAAAAUCUGAGCUGAAAGUCCAAAUUCAGCCUGCUGCUACGAGGACUGAAAAGGAAAGAAUAAAAUUACUCAACUUCUACGAGAAAGAGAGCGAAGAGAGAAGUUUUCCCAGAAUCAUCGAAGCCGCCAAGGUUGCAAGGGGUCUUUCUGACACUGGUCCAGACUCCAAAGUAUUCAGUACUGAUGUCCUGCGAAUCGAAAGUACUUCGCCAAAUGCACCCAACUUAACGUUGGUUGAUCUACCAGGGCUCUUUGGGGCUAGUGACAAGAACCAGUCGGAUGACGAUGCCACCAUGGUACAAAAUUUGAUUGUCUCGUACAUGAAGCAGAAGCGAAGUAUCAUACUUGCCGUCAUCUCAGCAGAUAAUGCUUUUGCCUACCAGCCAGUAAUCAAGUUCGCACGGCAGAUUGAUCCUUCGGGGACCAGAACUCUUGGGCUGAUUACGAAGCCCGAAAAAAUCGAUAAAGGAUCUGAUAGUGAAAAAUAUUAUAUUGAAUUGGCUCAAAACGAGAACGUCAAGUUGACUCUCGGGUGGCAUGUUCUUCAUAAAAAAGCCACUCUACCGCGAAUGAUACGAUCGAGCAACGAGAGAAACGAGAGACCGCAUUCUUCUCAGAAUCUGGCUGGAAAGACGCUCUCAAAACAUCGCAGCUAG